AUGGGCCGGUCGGACUUUAGAGAAGAUCCACCUUCCCGGCCAGUGCUGAGCGUAGAUCCCCCAUCGGGAGUGGUGAGCGAAGGGCUCACGCUGCUCAUCAGCUGCAUAGCCCCCAGUGAUGCCAGCGAUCGGAGGUUCCACUUCUACAAGGAUGGAGACGAGCUCGUUCCUGGGGACGCUGGGUCUGAGAUCAGCACCACAGAGCCCAGCACCGGCUCUAUGAACGUCUCUGUGCUCAGCAUCCCACGGGCCGGUCCCAACAACACCGGGGAAUUCACCUGCGGGUACGAGGAGAACGUGAGGGGGAGGUGGAUCCCGUCCCCCAGGAGCCAUGCUGUGACCGUGAACAUCACAGCGACAGCCUGGGCCCAAUCUAGAAACUUGCUGCCGGCAUGUGGGAUCCUCAUGGUUCCGGGCAUGGCUCUGGCUGCCCUCGUGUGCUACUGCAGGAGGAACAAGAGAGUUCCGGAGCCUUCGCAAUAUCUGAGGGGAUCUGAGCCCGGGGAAGGCGAUGGGGAACUGGACUCCAGGAGGUGCCAUGAGGAAUUGAAAUCCAGCAGUGUCAGAGUGGACCUACCAGAAGAGGGCUCUGAUGUGUACACACUCCUGACCUUCCCCUCCUCUGCAACGCCCUGAGCACCGGGGAUGGCGACUAGAGCAUUGGGAACAGAGGGGGUACUGCACUGCGAGGGGCUGCCCCGGCACAUCCAGGGAGCCACUCGGUGAGAGGCACGGAGGGAACAUGGAAAUCCAAAUCAGGGGCCCUUUAACAUUCAGGGCUCAGACACCCCAGCCUGGCCGCCUCUCCCUGUGGCCGAUCAUCCAACUGCCCUCAUACACACACGGACAGGGUCCCAUCUCCUCCAGCAGGGGGCAGCAGGGACACACACACACACACACACAGAAGGUCCCAUCUCCUCCAGCAGGGGGAAGAAUUGACACACACACAUGCACACGGAGAAGGUCCCAUCCCCUCUAGAAGGGGGUGAGAGGAACAUACACACACGCACACAAACACACACAUGCACACACAGAGUUCCUACCAUUCUUAACCUUUAUCACUGUCUCUUGCUUUUGUUGCAUUUGCUGUUCCAUUAACAUUCAUUCUCCAAGGACAGAGAAUAAACUCAA